AUGAAACGCACCAACAGCACCACCCACCCGGAGGCAAACCGGGCCGCUGCUAAGCUGAUCCUCGAGCAACUUGAGCCCGACAACCGCGGGACGGUGGGGAACGUCGCGACGAACCCGGCGGUUAUCUCCAACGUGGUGAGUAGCAUCUACUCGGCGAUGGCCGGCAACCCCGCCGCGGCUGGGCACGCGAUUGGAGCUGUUGCUGCGGCAUACCCGAUGAUCAUGGCGCCUGCUCCACUGCCGACUCGCUACGAUGUCAACAAUCCAACACACUCCACCCCCAUGUCGGGGACGAUGGGAACUUCGUACUAUAACUCGGGCACCAGGGGCUUGCCGGCUGGUAUUGGUGCUUCUGCGUCCCCGCCGUCGUAG